AUGCCCUCCUUCGUACCCGACGAAAACUCGCCAAUCUACCAGCGUUCCCCCGCCGUCGUACAUCUCAACCCUGCCGGCCAAUACGGGCAACCAAACGGCAAGGUCGAUGACCACCCGCUUCCUCGUCACUCGCAUUCUCACACCUCAAUCGAGAGCUUCGACGACGAGGGUUCGAGCCAAUCGACACACACUUCCACAGACGACUCGGACAUCAGGACACGCUUGAAUGGGGACAGCCAGCGACGACAUCCCAACAUGACCUCUUCGCUAAAUGGAGGUCUGGAUGGCGAUGUAGAUGGGAUCAAUAGGAAACUAGAUCGGAUGAACUUGAACGGGACCAACAGGGCCGACGGGAGCGACAGGCCGGCCAGACAUGAUAUCACGAAAAGCGGGAAGCCGCAUCCAAACGGCAGGUUCCCCAUCGCCAUACCGGACCGGACAGUCCCGUUGUCGAACUCGGCUCGUCCAACUCCGGACGGUCAAACGACACACGACCAAAAGGGUGCCUUCUCGCGCGGCUCCCCGGGCUCUGCCAACAGCGUUUCAAUUCAUCCAUCACCGACCGAGAUGUCCUUGCGUCCUAUCAACAGGGGAGAUGUUCGCACCGUCGAGAAUGGGGCGGCCACGCCUCCCGCCCAACAGACUCCCAAUGGAUACCCUUUCCCAUCAUCACCGCCAGCUCAGCAGCGCGAUUUGGCACCCAACAGCCCUCCUUCACCGCAUCGUUACUCGUCGCCGCCCUUGUACAACCCUGCAGCACCCAUCUCAGCCUCCACCAGUGCCCUCGCACCGCCACCCGUUCCCGGUAUUAAACAACGUCACACCCUCGACGUUCCCAAACCUUCGGCUCCCCGUGGAUCCAAGGACGGCUUCGAUGGUACUUACGCAACCGGUCGCUUCUCACCAACUGGCGUUGCUGGCGUGCGUAGGGCGUCGCUGAGUCUUGCUAGAAGAAACACACGAUCUCUCCACUCGGAAAUGCCUCGUGACGAAGUUGUUCCCGAUGACGACGCGUUGCGAUGGGCCGAAGUCUACAGGGAGAAACGGGCCAGCAAGAGGAGGAGGAGAGAUGCCGAAGACGACGACCGGGUCUUGGUUGGCACCAAGGUCGACGAGACGCAUGCCAAUUGGGUCACGGCAUACAACAUGCUUACCGGCAUUCGAGUUUCUGUAUCGCGAACAAAUGCCAAGCUUGACCGUCCGUUGACGGACGCUGACUUCCAGGCAAAGCAAAAAUCCACCUUUGACAUCAAAAGAGCCGGAAACGAGAUGAUUCCCUCUGCCAAGUAUGACUUCAAGUUUAAGGAUUACGCGCCUUGGGUUUUCCGACAACUCCGCGCACGCUUCCAGCUGGAUCCAGCAGACUACCUCAUGUCACUGACGGGCAAGUAUAUACUAUCCGAACUUGGUUCCCCCGGCAAGAGCGGCAGUUUCUUCUACUUCUCUCGCGAUUACAAGUACAUCAUCAAGACCAUUCACCAUGCUGAGCACAAGUUCCUUCGCAAGAUCCUUAAGGAUUAUUACGAGCAUGUUACCGAAAACCCCAACACCCUUCUCUCGCAAUUCUACGGUCUGCACCGGGUCAAGAUGCCCGGCCCGUACGGCAAGAAGAUUCACUUUGUCGUCAUGAACAACCUCUUCCCUCCGCACCGGGACAUCCACCAGACCUACGAUUUGAAGGGUUCAACAAUUGGUCGCGACUACAAAGGCGAAGAUCUCGACAAUCCAAAGGCAACUCUAAAAGACCUCAACUGGCUUCGACGAAACCGACAUCUCGAACUCGGACUUCAGAAAAAGAAGCUGUUUUUGGAGCAACUCCAGAAGGAUGUGCGGUUGCUGCAGAGGCUAGAAAUAAUGGAUUACUCUCUGCUCGUUGGUAUCCAUGAUCUUCAGAAAGGGAACGAAGAAAACCUGCGGGACAAGACCCUGCGAGUCUUCAACCCUGGCGGUGACAACUCACGCGAGGACCCCAGCUCCGUCUUGAUGCGUACCCCCUCUAAGUUGGAGAAUGCGCGGAAGGCUAGGGAACUGCGGCAGAUGGUUAAAACCGAGCGGCCAGUCCCUAUGGGAGAGACGAGCAGCCGGAUGCCCGACGAACUUGAGCACAACCAGAGCCGCGCUAGCUUUGUUUUCAACCAGGAUGACGGAGGAUUCCGUGCCACCCAUGAGGACAACACUCCGGCGGACGAGAUCUACUACCUCGGAGUGAUUGACUGCUUGACACACUACGGAAUCAUCAAGAAGCUCGAAACCUUCUGGAAGGGCCUGUCAAGCGAUCGUAAUCAGAUCUCCGCCUUACCUCCUCACGAGUACGGCGAGCGGUUCAUCAACUUUAUUUCCGGCAUCACCAUGUCUUGUGAAGAAGCAAUUCGCCAAGCCCAGGAGCGAGACGCAGAAAUGCAAGCAGAGGCAGCCUUGGCCGAUCAGCAACAGCAGCGAGUGGGUAGCUGGUCUAGCGCACGCAACGGUCGCUCUUCAACAUCAGCACCACCACUCCCUUCGCAUCAACCACCACCUCUACCAUCAGGUGUUCAGUCACCCGAAUCCGAGGCAACUGUGCAGAGGGCGGAGCGCGAGGCGUACACGACUGGCAUAUCAGAAGAGGACGUACCGAGCAAGACGCUCCGCACGACGCUUUCUCCUGGCAGCAUCGAGCGCAGGGACAACAUCGCUAGCCAAGCCAGCAUCUUACCGGUGGUUGAGGAGGCUGCAGAGGGACGGUCAUCCGGCGAACAACAUGCGCGCAACACCCGGGUCAGUAACCUGACUGGUGACAGCGAAUACCGCCCUCUGACGCCUGCCAAAGAUGGCGAGGAGAGACAGGCGGGAUUUGGUAAUCCGCUCCUGAGGGGUCAUGCUCGCGACCACAGAGACUACGGGCCACCACCACCAACACCGCCUAAGACAGGGUAUGGAUACGGAACACCCCAGUCCCUGAAGGACGGCGCUGAUAGCGGGUAUAGCAUUGGUUUCAUGAACGGCAACGGCAACGGCAAAUCCGUCGACCUUAAAAGCUCCAGCGGCUCGCUGAGAUCAAACAAGGGCGGCCACCAGAUCAUCGGUCGGGAAAGCCUGGAUAAGGCCCUACCCCCGCUUCCCUUCGGCGACGCACAGACUCGGCCCCAAGGCGUGUCAUAG